AUGAAUAAUAUACUAAAUAAUAAUCGAAUACAAACGGGUCUAUCACCAAAACCUUUAACUCCAACAAUGGAAAGUGAACCAGAAGGUUCAAACACCACCAACUCAUCAAUAAUAGCUCCUAAAAUUCAUACUAUAAGUGUUGAUGAUGGUCAACAAUGUUCAAAUUGUGGAACUACUAAAACUCCAUUAUGGAGAAGAGCCCCUGAUGGAACUUUAAUAUGUAAUGCUUGUGGAUUAUAUUUAAGAUCAAAUAAUACUCAUCGUCCAGUUAAUUUAAAACGACCUCCAAAUACUAUAACAGUUGCUAAAAUUGAAGAAGGAUCAUGUAAAGGAGAUGGAAGAUGUAAUGGAACAGGAGGUUCAGCAGCUUGUAAAGGAUGUCCUGCUUUUAAUAAUAGAAUAGUAGCAAAAAAAUCAUUAGAGAAAUCACCAAAAUCUGAAAAUCAAAUUUAUGCAACAGAAAUAACAAAUCAAUAUUUACAAAAUCAACAACAGUCAUCAGAUCAUAAUUUGAAAAGAAGUUCACCAAUUCAAGACAGUAAUAAAAAAGAAGAUGAAAAUUCAUUAGCUAUUGCAUGUUUUAACUGUGAUACCACUAUAACACCUUUAUGGAGAAGAGAUGAUGCUGGAAACACCAUAUGUAAUGCUUGUGGAUUAUUUUAUAGAUUACAUGGAUCUCAUAGACCAAUAAAAAUGAAAAGAGCCACUAUAAAAAGAAGAAAAAGAAAUGGAUCAUCAAAUCAUGAAAAUAAAGAUGGAUCAAGACCAAAUGAUGAAACCAAAUCACCAAAAGUAAAAACGAAUGAAUCAAAUCAAUCUUUAAAUCAACUAACUUCACAACCUCCAUAUCCUACACAACAACAAUAUCCACCAAUCACAUCUUCAAAUUCAAAUUAUCUACCAAUACCAACAAAUUAUAAUAGAAACUUACCUUACUCACUACCUUUCCACAGAACAACCAACGAUCAUAAUCCCAACCAAAAUUCUACAACACCUCCUCCUUUACAAUUUCCACAACAUUCUCAACAUUCUGCAAUCAUACCUCCAUCUUUAUAUCCUAGAUAUAAUGGAAGUGGAAGAUUACCGAAUGGUCCUGGUCCUAUGCCUGGUCCACCACCUCCAAUAAAUUUUGGAACAUCUUUCAAUCAAUCACAACAACAACAACUAACUCAUCAAAUUCCCCAACAACGACAAGAAACACCACCAUCAAUUAAAAUUCCUGAUAUUGCAAUUGAUCCAAAUACAUUACCACCAAUAAAAACAAAUGAAAAAGGAGAAGCAAUAGGAUCAGGAUGUUGUACAAAUUGUACACCACUAAAUAAGAGAGUUUUAAAACCAAAACCAAUGGCUAUUGAUUUUACUUCAAGUUAUAAAGUUGAAAAUUCAUUUAAUUCAAAUUUAAGAAAUUCUUCAAUAGAUAAAAAGGAAGAAGAAGAAGAAGAUGAUAGUGAGAAUAAUUUACUAAAAUUAAAACCUUCUUUAGCUAAAAAUAAUGGGAAUGGUAAUUAUAAUCAAAAGAAAGCUUUAACUAUUGGUGGAUUAUUAAAUAAUUAA